CAACCGUCAACCAAGUCCUCGACCCACUGGGUUCUUUGUGUCCCUUGCUAUUUUCAUCUCAUACUAACUCUCACAUUGACUUGAAGCCUACGUGCCUUUUCGUCAAAGUUAGUUAAUUCUUGUCAUCACCAUGCUAGACAAACUCCCCACGGAAAUAUUGAGUAUAAUACUGAGCUAUGUGAGGAUUGGAACUGUAACUGGUCACAAAGACCUAAAGCAAGUAUGUGAGGUGUGCACCCGCCUGCGGGACUGUGCUAUACCCCGCCUUUAUCGGUGCCUGGUCUUCAAUGAUCCGGAAGCGAUAUUGAAAGAGUUGGCUGCGGCUGUAAACUCAAUUCCAAGAAGAUACGCUUCGCAUAUACGAGACCUUGAAUUGAGGGUUCCGAUCCACCAUCGAACAUGCUAUCACGAAAUACAUGAUGACGCAUUCGAACCCGAGGACUCGCUAUCUGACUACUCUGAAUCUAUGGAACAUGAACUAGAACGUGAUAUCGGAGAUGGAAUAGAAGUUAAAUAUGCAGAUGGCGGGUUUGUCGAUGAUCAAUUACAAAGUUUUCGGUGGAAUCUUGGAAUGUGCAUUCCAAAUAUGAUACUAUCUUCUAAUGAGUUCUCCCUUCUCAGAAAGCAGAAGAAGGUCAAAUCUCUCAUACUCCACACGGAUGUUUAUUGCAAUAAAGAUGUAGGCUCUGUUGAUCUUGCGCAGUUCCAGGACCUGAGAAGCCUUUGCUGGAAGGGCCUGAACAAGUAUAGAGACUUCGAGAGCAUCAAAGACUGUAUCAAAGCUCAUGGUCAUCAACUACUUUCGCUCACCCUAGAUCUUGACAAUUGGGAUCGUGCAAAAGGUCUUUGGACUGACGAGUUUCGCCGACAGAGCGACGAAGAAAUGCCAGACAACUUUUUUGUUCACAGGAUUAUGAACGCUAAGGUUGGAAAUGAAAGAACAAUCAUGCAGUCGCUCGAAUACCUUGACUUGUCGGCUAUCUCGUUUGAGCAUGCCGACGUCGAGAUGCCGUUUUUGUUCGGUACUGAGAGCCUGAAAACCUUGAAACUGCGGAAAUGUAAAGGAUCACUUAAGUGGCUAGAACUGGUAUCAAGCUAUGGGAAGUUGACGGAGCUUAAAUACUUCGAGCUUGUUCUUACCAACAGCGGGCCUAUAACUACAACCAAGGCAAUCUGCAACUUUAUUCAUAGAGCUCCGAAAUUACAGACUCUCUGUCUCAUGGUCUGCAAACCUAUCAGUUGGGAAACUCUUAUAAGCACAGUUCGCCGUUGUGGCUCUUUGACACGUCUCGUCAUGCAUAGUUUAGCGGACGAACGUGUCCCAAUACUCGGUGGCGAAGAGCACAAGGGCAAUCAGUUACAAGGCUUGCAGACUCGACCUUCAUGCAAGCUUCUACACAUCAGAGCUACUGGAACGGCUAUGGUGAAUAUGCAUUUCUUGUCUUACUGUGACCCAUUGUACCACCCCUUUGGCAUAAACAAGUUUGCGGAGUGGGCAUUCAGUGCUGACGGUCUGCCCGACCUUACCGUACUUGCUUGGGGGGAUUUCUCUCACGAAGGCCACUUUUCACAGUACAAUCGCCUCUACUGUAGAUCCAAGACUGGCUAUCGACGGUUGAACGCAUCUGACAUAUCGCUUUGGGAUCUCGUCAAUGAUAACAUGGACCUGCUGGCCGCCUGCCCAUAUACGGAUACCAAUGAUCUGACAAGCUACGACUUCAUGUAGCUAUUUUCUGUUUCAGGUGCUCGUCAAAUAACAUAUGACUUGACCUCGUUCUAUUGCAUGACCUACAGUUCAAUUAAAGCUCCUUCAACCCUAGCUACAAAAUGGAAAUUGCCCC